GGUACACACAGAGUGUGGCACACACUCAGCUCGAUGAACAACGCACGAAAUAAAUAAUAUAAAAGGAAUACCGAUUGGUUCUUACAAUUUAAACGUUCUUUACAACUCAAAGUGUCUGGAUUUACAGAAGUGAAGUACCCAACACACCAAGUACAAGUUGUACCACGAUUCUAUUCUUUUUGAAAAGCGCAAAGUGACCAUUCAACAGCACCGUUCUCUCGAUUUCGGCGAUGAUUUUGUUUUGAGCUUUUUUCUCGGGAAAUUUAAACAGAAAAAAAAAAAACAAAUAAUUCAUAAAUUCACGACUCUCAAUUAAUAAAAUACAAUUUAUUCAUCCUGGUUUGGAAGUCUAAUCAUAAGAAUAAAGAUAUUUUAAAAUUCGUUACAACCUCUGCAGCCGCAUAUAACUUUACGAAAUAUUUACUUGGCGAGAUAUCACAUUAGCAACAAGUUGUGCACACACUCAUUGUAUUGACCAAAAUUCAGUUUUCCCAACAGAUAGGAGAUAUUUAAUCAAAUCCUCAUUUUUUUACGCAAUUAAAAUAGAAAUAGAAUUAUAAAUUCAGCGUUUCAUCGGGUGUGAUUUUAAUUCAACAAUCAAUUUACAUCUUAAUUAAACCAAACACCAAGUGAACGGUUCUUUUUGGUGUGUGAUAAAAAAAAAACUGUAUUUAAAGCGAACUAAAACAGAAACAACCGAAACUAUUCCAUAUAGACGAUAUAAUUAAGUGCAUAUCAGAGAUAAAAGGGAAUCGAUCGUUGGACAUUUUGAUGAAAUUUCAUCUCAUUGGUCGGGUGAUAGAUUUUGUUUUCACAAAAAGCUGAAACAUUUCACAACCACCAAUAAAAGUUCGGUCACACAACGACAAAUAACAUACACAAAAAAAAGCAUAAUCCAUACGGAAUUCAAGGUUUACCAUCCAGUUUGGGGGAGCAAACAUUUGUUGAGCAGAACUCACGGACACAUCCGAACAAAAGAAGACUACAAACAAAAUGCGUUCAAUUGCCAUUUCAAUUAUUUUACUUGGAUAUAUUGUAACCGUAAGCAAGUGCGAACAGGCAUACGAAUCAAAUGCACUCGAUUUUGAUGGCCUAGCAACGGAUGUUGACAAAGAUAGUUUUCUUAAGCGAAUGGAACGACGAGCGUAUACAUAUAUGACUGGCGUCCCGGGCAGUAAACGACUGCCCAAUUACAACUUUGGCUUAGGAAAACGUGCCAGGCCAUACAGAUUCGGCUUGGGAAAACGCUCAGACCCAGACAUGGACUAUGACGAUGCCCCACUUCUUGCUGACCAACAAAACUGGAGGUCGUGGUUUGAACGAGAUCAAAGAUCCAGAUACAAUAUGGGUCUCGGCAAACGACUAUCUCAGACUGAUAAUAUGGAAAGACGAUCGCCGCCAGAACGUUUGUACGGGUUCGGUUUGGGUAAACGGGCUGCUCCUGCUAUUGAAGAGGAUACAUCAACUUCAGCCCCAAUCGAUCAAUCAAACUACAUUAAUGAUGGAUAUGACCGAAUUCGAGCAUCGCGAGGAGCUGUAUCGGUUGGACUUGGAAAACGCUUGCUACAGGAAAAUAAUGUUGAACGAAGAUCGGGCGCACAACGCUACAAUUUUGGUUUAGGUCGUUAAUUGACCACCUUCCCCAGUCAAUCAGUCAAAUCUGAUGUGUAGGAUUAUAAAACAGCGAAAUAAGAGAGAGAGAGAGAGAGAGAGAGAAGCUCGCCAUUGAACAGAGAUAAAGAGAGAGAAGGCGUAUCGAAUUGUUUAGUUAAUCUAUUUUUAUUGCCCUUGCGCCAAAAUCUCAACAUGCAAAUGCACCACUGUGAAAGGCCCCAAUGCUCAGACACUCACAUCAUAUUCUCAUAUAACUUCCUUGAUAGCGCGGACUCUUUCCACAUUUCCUGGAUUGCGAUUCCGUUUUCAAAUGUUUCCUAGCGUCACAAUGCCGCCUACCUUUUAGUUUCAAUUCAACUUGUUUAUCUUACUCUAUUGCUAUCGCAUAUGUGUAUUGUUUAAUUCUGAAAUAAAAUUUUAAUAAUUUAAAUGUUAAAUGCUCUAAGCUGAAAAUCUUUUCGCCUCAAUUCAAAUACAACCUAACCCUCCAAACAAAUUUCCUUCAUCCAACCGAUGUAAUUCAAUCCGUUUUUUUCUCCUCCUUGAAAUAUUCCACAAAUGGUUGUUAUCUGUACAAAAACGAUUUUGUUCUCCCAAAUAAUAAACGAUAGAAAACUGAAAUGAUUCUGUUAGUACACCAACCAACCACCGAAUAACGUUGAUAACAAUUGCAAUAAGCUGGCUCCUCAAACAAAUUUUAUAUGAAUUUAACAUGUUGGAAAUUGUAAAUGUAUAAAAAUAAGCAUAUGUAUCUGAAUUCUGAUGAAAUAAAAUAAAUAAAAAUCUACUAUUUAAAUGACAAGUUUUAGA